AUUCUUUGAGUGCAUCGUAAUGUUAGCAGUUAAAGAAAGUGUCAGCAUCUCUACUAUAAAAUGUCCGUUAAUGUUAGUUAGCCAGCCGGCUGCACGUACACAUGGUCUGCAUGACUGUCUAGCUAAUCUAGCUAGCGAGCUAACGAUAGUUCUUUAACCAAGCGUGCCACGCUUUUGUCUGGGUUGUAUGUAAAACUUUCAACGCUAGAUAGUUGCUUGCUUAGCUUCGUUGAUGUGCCGCCAUCAGUGGCACUCCCAACAUAUUCCGCGUGCGUUUUUAUUUAUUUGUAAACUUCCUUUCACUUUCCUUUCCUUUCCUUUCCAUAAGCGCAGUUAAUGUAUGAGUAAUGUGUUGUAUGUGACAACUUUUUACGUUUUACUGUACGUUAAGAGUAUCGUAUACAUACAUCACAAGAGUUAUACUGUAGAUGCCAGUGGAGACGUUUGACUUUUUACUGAAAGAUCGGGCAUUAGCUAAUUUAACUGUUAAUCUCAACUGCGACCAGAUUAAUGAUAGCAGCUGAUCAGUCACCAACCAUGGUGAACCAGCGAAUGGGUGAAAAUGUCUGGCAGACCAGCAAGAGUGACUCCAGCGGGGCGAGCAACAGCGGAGAGAGCUCCAAGGACAGCUCCCGUAGCUCCACACCGGUGUUGGAUCCUGACCGAACCGAUAGGCUCAGAGACAAGAUGAGACGGCGGAUGGAGUCGGGGGACCACUGGUUUUCGCUGGAGUUCUUCCCUCCUCGCACCGCCAGCGGAGCCGUUAAUCUGAUCUCGAGGUUCGACCGCAUGGGCUCCGGCGGACCGCUCUUCAUCGACAUCACCUGGCACCCGGCGGGCGACCCCGGCUCGGACAAGGAGACGUCCUCCAUGAUGAUCGCCAGCACCGCGGUCAACUACUGCGGCUUGGAGACCCUGCUGCACCUGACCUGCUGCAACCAGACCCGGGACACCAUCACUGGCUACCUCAAGAAGGCCAAGCGCCUCGGCCUCAAGAACAUCAUGGCCCUCAGAGGAGACCCUGUAGGCAGCGACUGGGAAGAGGAGGAAGGGGGCUUCAACUACGCCACUGACCUGGUCAAACACAUCCGCUGCGAGUUUGACGACUACUUCGACAUCUGUGUUGCUGGCUACCCCACGGGCCAUCCUGAGGCCGAGAGCUAUGCUGACGACCUCCGUCACCUGAAGGAGAAGGUGGACGCCGGGGCUGAUUCCAUCAUCACACAGCUCUUCUUUCGGGCCGAGACUUUCCUCAACUUCGUCCGUGACUGCAGGGCCAUCGGCAUCACCUGUCCCAUACUGCCCGGCAUCUUCCCAAUUCAGGGUUACCAGUCUCUACGGCAACUGGUGAAGCUGUCCAAGCUGGAGGUUCCGGAGGAGAUCACCGAGGUGAUCGAGCCGAUCAAGGACAAUGAUGCAGCGAUCCGUAACUUUGGCAUCCACCAGGCGGUGGAGAUGUGCCGAGUGCUGCUGGACAGCGGGGAGGUUCCUGGCCUGCACUUCUACACCCUCAACCGCGAGGUGGCCACCAUGGAGGUCCUGAGACAGCUGGGCAUGUGGGUGGAGGACCCCCGCCGGCCACUGCCUUGGGCAACGAGUGCCAACCCCAAGCGAAAGGUAGAGGACGUGAGGCCCAUCUUCUGGGCCUCCAGACCCAAGAGCUACAUCUACAGAACCCAGGAGUGGGAUGACUUCCCCAAUGGACGAUGGGGUAACUCGUCGUCCCCAGCCUUUGGGGAGCUGAAUGAUUACUACCUGUUCUACCUAAAGAGUAAAUCGUCCAAGGACGCGCUGCUCAAGAUGUGGGGGGAGGAGCUAACAAGUGAAGACAGCGUGUUUGAGGUCUUCACCAACUACAUCACGGCCACGCCCAACCGCAACGGGCACAAGGUGAUGUGCCUGCCGUGGAACGACGACCCUCUGGCCCCGGAGACGAACCUGCUGAGGGACGAGCUGGACAAGGUGAACCGCCGCGGUGUCCUCACCAUCAACUCCCAGCCUAGCAUCAACGGCAAGCCCUCCACCGACCCCAUCGUGGGCUGGGGCCCGCCCGGCGGAUACGUCUUCCAGAAGGCAUAUCUGGAGUUCUUCACAUCCAGUGAGAAUGUGACCGCUCUCCUCAAGGUGCUGAAGAAGUACGAGCCCCGUGUCAACUAUCACAUUGUUAAUGUUGAGGGGAAGAACAUCACUAAUGCCCACGACAUGCAGCCGAACGCUGUGACCUGGGGCAUCUUCCCUGGAAGGGAGAUUGUCCAGCCGACGGUGGUUGACCCGGUCAGCUUCAUGUUCUGGAAGGACGAAGCUUUUGCCCUGUGGAUCGAGCAGUGGGCCAAGCUCUAUGAGGACGAGUCUCCCUCUCGGAUGAUCAUCCAGUACAUCCACGACAACUACUUCCUGGUUAACCUGGUGGAUAACGACUUCCCAUUGGACAACUGCCUGUGGCAGAUCAUCGACGACAUGUUUGAGAUUCUGGACGCGCCCCCCGAGACACUGCAGAGUGACUGAGGGAGGCCCACUCGCACAGAAUGCCAUGGCAACCCCCAUCCUAUCAUACUGCUACGAUGUGGGUGGGAUCCAGGCAAAGGAUUUGUUGGGUUUUCUCAGGCUGUGAUUGGUCCGUUGGCUGAGUGUGAGUGGUUGUUGUGAGUCAACUUGCACUCGGUCGUCUCCUUCAUUGGCUGAACGCUAAAGCUAAACACCCAUUGCUCUCCAACCAAUACCACCGCGCUCAACCAUUACAGUUGCUGCUACCCAGGGGACCCUGGGGCUUGGUGACCCCUCCUAUCUGCAUGAACACUGUCUCCGCUCCACUAAAUGUCUAUAAUGACCACUGAUCCUCACACAGAUGGAUGGGCAUUGGGCAGACUAUACUAUUAUAGCUUUAUUAUUGCUCUUGACUUCACUUCACUUGUAUGUGUGAUUUGUAUCGAUUGCGGCAGGGAGGAGGAGAGACGGACAGUUCAACCAAACCAUUUAGCUGCCAAAUGCUGCUUACCAAAACGAAACUAUCACGGUGAGGAUGGAGGGGCUGUGGGGACUGGAUGAGAGCACCCUCUCUUAUCCCUCACUGCACACACCCCAACAGCAAAGCCCCAGCUCCAGCCUAGCUCUGCUAGUAGCUAGUAUUCUAGUAGGUUUACUCGAAGCAUAACCGUCGUGGCCUUCCUUUUUUGUUGAUGUUUAGACAUGGACAAUGCUAGUUCCAGUGCAACGAUGUGAAGUGGAAAGUGGAUCAAGUUGUUGAAAAGAAACCAUAGAAAAACGAGAAAAAGGAAUUACUGUAGAAAAUUUCAGUCUUGGGACUCGCUGCGAUUGCGGGUCUGGCUUCUUGUUUAGCUGAAGUAGAACUCAAAGGACGCACACUGUCAGGAAAGCUAUUAUUAAAGAAGAUGUGUGUUUGGGUAAUGUUAAAUGCUUGGGUUAAACUGUGGUGUUUAGUGAGAUACACAAAGUGCUUGACUAUUGUAAGACUAACGUGGCCUUUUGAAUACAAUCACCAAUGUUCUCAGAUGGAUUUGAAGCAUUGUUAUGAGUGUUGCAAAGACCAUUGUUCUCAGAUGGGUUUGAAACAUUGUUAUGCAUGCUGCAGAGACAGAAACUUAUUUUUACUCAUGAUUAUUUUAAGGCACGUGUUUUCAUACACAUUUUUAUAUUUAUGUUUUUAACUGUAGCUAGGAGCGGAUGUUGCUAUGAUCAUAUCUAUAUUUAUUAAUGUUUUGUACCGUCGGUAAUGGCGUAAUAAAUAAACUGUGACUUCAUGGAAA